AUGGCGUUGUCGCCGUCUGCGCCAACUAGCCCGCUCCCGCGGCAGCUGCUGCGCUACGUGUCCUCCGGCCUGGUCGCCGCCCUCCACCGCCCAGCUCCAACCAUCAGUCUGCCGAGUGCGCCGCGGGGAGUGGAUGCGGCGGCGUCCGAAGCCCAGCGGCUCCGGGCGGCAAGCAGAGCCGCUCCUUCCCCGAAAGGGCGGCCCGGCGGGCCGAGGCAAGGCAGCGGCGGGCAUGUCCAUGCCGUUCCGGCGAUGGCGACGAUAGGAGCGCGCGUGGUUACGCCUAUGCGACGGCCCACGCCGCCUGGUACCCCGUCACAGGGCAGCGGCGGCAAAACGAACGCCGUGACGUCGGCGGCGACGACGCACGUGCUUAUGCGCGGACCUGCUCCGCCAGGCCGCCCUGCGGAAGGCAGCGGUGGAAAAGUUUAUGCCGUGUCGCCGGCGGCGACGGCGCGUGUGCUCAUGGGAGGACCUGCUCGGCCAGGCCGCCCUGCGGAAGGCAGCGGCGGAAAAGUUCAUGCCGUGUCGCCGGCGGCGACGGCGAGUGUGCUUAUGCGAGGGCCCGCCCGGCCUGGUCCCCCGGCAGAAGGCGCCGGCGGCCGUGGUGGAAUCAUCCAUGCCAUUGCUUCUUGA